AAAACGACUGUCUUGGAAGAGGUAUAAGGAAAGCAAAAUUGCUGUAGCAUACGUCAGUAGGGGCCGCGAAUCGCGUUGUUCCUGUGUGACCUGCCCGUGUAACAAAGAGCGCUUUGAAGAAAUUUUCCAAGAUAAUCUGAGCUCACCGAAGCUUCAUAGAGCACAAGGAAAAAUUUCUAUGGAAAAUGUAUCUCUGAGGGUUAUGCAGCGCACCAUAGACAGCAUCAAAACGACAUCAAUAAAGAAUACGAUGCUGAAUUUUACGGGGACUAUUGAACCCCCGGAGAAAGGUACGGAAGGCAUGGAAGAUGAGACAAUUCCUUUGAAGAGUGAUCAUUGCUGUUGUACAGUCAAAUCAUUCGAGGAAGCACGUGAUUUGCGACAUUCAGUGAAGGAACGUCGAACACGCUCACUCCUGCGUAGCGCUAAGGAUGUUCUGUCUACGCGGCGGUUUUAUGCGCAUAUGUUCAGCUACUUCUCUUUCUGUUUCUUCUUGGAUACGUUUCUGGCUGUGGCCGUUGACUGUGCAGUGGACAACGGGAUUAGCAGAGUAGAUGCUGCGCACGUUCUCACAUUCUUCUCCGUGACCGAUAUGGCGGGACGACUGCUGGUACCACUAAUCACCGAUUACAAGAUUGCAUCUCCCCUUGGCGUCAUGACGCUAUCUUACUUCCUCAUGGCCAUUAUCGGCACGACGAUGCCACAUGCCCAAAGUGAUGUUGUAUUCUGGAUUCUCGUUGUAAGCCUGGGACUUCCGGUUGGCUACGUAAUGGUUGCCAUGUCACAAACUAUUGCAUGGGACGUUGGUGUACGGAACCUCCCCAUCGCUUACGGUUUCGUAGCAUCAGUGACAGCUGUGGGAGCGUUCAUGAGGCCGCUGGUUAUAGGAUAUUUCCGGGACGCAAACGGAUCAUACGGCGGACUUUUCCACUUCAUGGGAGGAAUGGUUUUCACAUCUGUUCUGCUCACUGGUUGGCUGUGGGCUUCAAGGAGUCGAAAAAAAUAAACUGCAGCGCAAG